GGGGCGGGACGUGGCCGCGCAUGCGCGCUGGGCUGGGCUGGGCUGCGCUCGGCGGGACGGGCCGAAGCGGUCGCUCGCUCGCACGGACAGACUGACUAGGAUUGGGACGGACACCGACCGACAGACAGGCCCGGAGGCCAGGCCAGGCCAGACUAGACCAGACCAGGCCUUGUGUAUGGUCCGCUUACGGCGCCGGAGCCGGCUGGAGCGGGGCUGCCACCGUCAGCACGCCGCCGCCACCAGCGCCAUGUAUGGCGGGUCGAGGCCGCGGCCGAGGCCCAGGCCCAGGUACCGCGGCGGCGGCGGAGGAGGAGGAGGAGGAGGAGGCGGCCCCCGCGGCUGGUACUCGGAGCCGGAGCUAGAACACCCGCCGCCGCUCGGCGUCUUCCAGGCCAACGGGCGGCUGUGGCGGGCCCAGCGCUGCCUGGGCAAGGGCUCGUCCGCCGCUGUGUACGGGGUGAGGUCGGGCACCGCCCGCGCCGCCGUCAAGCAGUUCGUGCACGACACCAAGUCUGACUACGGCUUCCUCACCGAGAGCGGCGUGUUGGAGGAGCUGCAGGGACACCGCAACAUCGUGACUUUGUACGGGCGAUUUUCUAACUUCUCCUACACGAACCACCGUUGUAACUGCAUUUUGCUGGAACUGUUGGACGUCAGUGUGUCCGAGCUGCUGCUACACUCGAUCAAUCGAGGGCAUUCAAUGUGGAUGAUCCAGCACUGUGCGCGCGAUGUCCUGAAUGCCCUGGCUUUCAUUCACCACGAGGGCUACGUGCACGCAGAUCUCAAACCCUGCAACAUUCUCUGGAGCGCCGAGGAUGAAUGCUUCAAACUCAUUGACUUUGGGCUUAGCUUCCAGGAGGGAAAUCAGGAUGUGAAAUACAUUCAAACGGAUGGUUACAGAGCUCCAGAAGCAGAAUUGCAUAAUAUUCUUGCACAGAUGGGUUUGGAAAGUAAUACAGAAUGCACAACAACAGUUGAUAUUUGGAGUCUCGGAAUAAUUUUGCUGGAAAUGUACUCAGGAAUUAAACUGAAAGAGACGAUCAGAUCUCCACAAUGGAAGGCCAACAGUUCUGCUGUCAUAGAGUCAAUUUUUGCACGUAAAGAUAUGGUAUAUUCAGCUAUCCCAGUUUAUCACCUCAGAGAUGUUAUUAAAAGUAUGCUUCAUGAUGACCCUGCACAAAGAAUCACAGCGGACUGUGCUUUAUACAAUCCCUUCUUCAGCAUUCCCUUUGCCCCCCAUAUUGAUGAUUUGGUCAUGCUCCCAACACCAGUUUUGAGACUGCUGAAUGUUAUUGAUCAUAACUAUCUUCAAAGUGAAGAAGAAUAUGAAGACGCCGUGGAAGAUGUUAGGGAAGAAUGUCAGAAGUUUGGGCCUGUUUUGUCUCUGCUUGUCCCAAAGGAUAACCCUGGCAAAGGCCAGGUUUUUGUUGAAUUCAGAAGCGCUGGGGACUGCAAAAUAGCCCAGCAGAUGCUGACUGGAAGAAUGUUCGAUGGCAAGUUUGUUGUGGCUACGUUCUACCCUCUGUGUGCUUACAAGAGGGGAUACCUGUAUCAUACAGUAGUUACUGAUACCUAAAUUAUAAUGGGGCAUGCUACCUUUUACAAUCACCCAAGUCCUUUUUGAAAUAUUCCUCAAUACAGUAGCAUAAAGGUUACAUGUUUUGCUCUGAUUCCUUUUGUGUGUAAGAUAGCAUUGAUUUAAACAGCUAGUUUAGAGAAAGGGUUUACAAAUUUAGGGAUUCAUGCACUUAAAACUGCCGGCAAGUUAUUAACAAAAUCUAUUUUAUUACUAGAAAUUAUAGCCAACUGCUAUUGUUGAUUUGUAAAGUGCUAAUUUAACAGUUUAGCUGGCAGAGGUAUCAAAAUGCAUUCUUGAUAAUGGGGAGCAUGCUGAUGAAACCUAUUUCAUGGAUUACUAUAUCUUAAUCUAAAUAAAUCACAGAACAUUUUUGUAAAUGAUGGAAUAAAAAAAGUCUCUGUCAGUGAAGUCAUAAAGAUCCUAUUGGAAGCAUUUAGCCAUAGCAACCAUCAGCCGAUCAAAUGCAGAGAACUUGCGAUGGCUUGAUGGAUUUUGAUGAGUGCAUAUCAGGAAACCGGAGAAAAUCUACUUUUUACCAUCGCAAGUGGUGCACAGAUUUGAGCACAAUCUUACAACAUUGAACAUUUCAGUAUUUUAGGUAACUAAACUACAAACAACCUUCCCCUUUUUCCCCCUCUUUCCCCGUGUCCCACCUGGAUGCACCCAUUGCUCCCGCCCCCUCCCUUCCUCCUAUACUCCUUCCUUUGGCCUCACAAUUUGCAACGCAAUUAGAAAUCCUUUUGUUUUUUCAUAUUUGGCCUUUGUCCAUCUGCCUAUCGAAAUCUCUCUCACAUGUAUCCACCUAUUACUCACCAGCUUUGUCUUGCUCCUCUCUUCCAGCUUUCUAUCCGCCCCCACCCAUCCCCACCACAGUCAAUCUGAAGAAGGGUCCCGAAUCCAAAACGUCACCAACCCAUGUUCUCCAAAGAUGCUGCCUGACUCACUGAGUUGUUCCAUCACAUUGUGUCAAUUUAUUUCUAAAGAAUUCCUCAAUAGUUCUUUCUUGGCCUUGCUAUAUGAAAUGCUUGAAUGGUAUGCACACGGGUGUGUUGUGUUGCAGGUUUGGGGAGAAACACAAGCAGGUUCUGCACAUCCUUUCUCAGCUUUAGUUUUUUUGGUUCUCCAUGCAUGGGGAAGGCUUGACUGGUGUUGAGAGGCCUUGAAUACCGUGCCAUACAAGGACUGAACGAAGGGCAAGUGAUUUAAUAGGUGAGAAGCAACAAGUGUGCGGAUAAUUGAUGCCAGGCUGUCUGGCAGGACGGGGGAAGGAACCAGCAGACUGCUGGACACACUGGACAUCUUUUUCCAGUACAUCUUUUUUAUCCCCAGCAAUAAAUCAGUGCUUCCAAAAGAGUGGGCCAUUUGCGAUCAUUGUUAGACCAUAAAAACAAAUAGACUGCUGGUUAUUCUUAGAUCACUUGAGUCUGAAUAUUUGAAAAGGAAAUACUGCUUAAAUUAUCCUAAUAAGCAAAUUUAGGUACAUUUAGUGGCAGAGUGGUACAAGAUAAUGCAUUUGUACAUGUAUGUUAGAAUCCGUGAAUGCAAUUGACUGGAAAAUCAACAUACAACAAAAAACAAAAGUAAUCAACGUUAAACAAAAACUUCAAUUUAACUCACAGCACUGUUGUCUAUUUUUUAAAAAAUAUAGCUGACAUUUUGAUGUGGCAAUAUUGAAGACAUUUUAGGAAAGAUUUUUUCCACAUGGCCUUUUACAGGGUCAUCCAUCCAUUGAUCUGCAGAAACAGCUUAUGUAAAUCUAAAUCUAGAUUAUUAUAGCAGUCGACAAUAACCACAUCACUAUCACAAUGUCCCCGGCAGCUGUAAAGUAUUGCUGUGUUUAUGUUUUCUACUUGGCUGCAUUAUUCCUAAAAAUAUUCGAAUUACUGAGAUGCAGUUUAUUUCACAGAGUUGCUGAAUAUUAGCUAAUGACCAAAGACAACUUUCUAAAAUGGAGCAAAUGCAGAACAAGAGUAUAGAACCAAUUAACGGAAGCAUGGUGUCAGACUAAAAAACAUCCUCUGUUGGCUUAAAAAUCUUUAAAUUGUUUCUUUAGGGGUUUUCACUCGGGUACAAAAGACAAUUACAAAAUUAUUUUUAACGAAUUAACACACUUUAGUUGUACUCUACAAUCUCAAAUCACUAAAUUAAUGAACUACUAGCAAUUUAUCUGUGGAUUAAUGACAUUUACAAUCAGAACUCUGAAUUUAAAUGUAACUAAAUUACAUUGGCCAAAAGGAAACUCCAUAUUUAUUCCAAGAUAUUUUAAGUUAAACCAUUUUAAAACCUGUAGUUCCCAAAGCUUAGUAAAGGAAAGGAAAGCUUCAUGAACUCUCCCAACAUUAGGAGUGUAUGCUUCCUCCAUUGUAUUCUAACAUGGAUGCACAUUUUGGUUCUAUCGAGGACACCUACCCCUAAUUUUCUACAGAUAUCAUCUAAACUGCUCAGCUCUUGCAUUUAUUCGACAAAAGUGAGGUCUCACAUCUUCCAGUUUCCAGUGAACUUCAAGACUAUUUAUUGGUUUAUAUCAAUGCUUAGACUCUGCCUACCAGCCAAUGGCACCUACAAAAUGGGAUACUUCUCAUGCUGAUGGUUUAUUUUGGUUAAAAUUAAUAGAUUUAAAUGAUAUAGGAUUAUUUAAAUGUUAAAAUAUUUAAGAGUCCAUUUGGAAUGGUUGCAUCUUCAAGCAUUGUGUGUUUCAAUCGUCAUUAGCUUAUGUAACUUUUCAGUAUUUUCAGAAACAAUUUAAAGAUAAAACAAAUGUAAAAAAAACCCAUUUAAACAAGUAACUACAUUUCUCAUUAGCAUGACAGUAAUGUUAAAAGCGAUGAAUUCACAUCAGCUCUGAUCUCUUCUGGACAAUUGUGGAGAAGAAUUUCACCAGUACAUAUUGACGAUUCUUAUCAUACAAGGUCUAGUUUGUUUU